AUGGUAGCUGCAAAAGCUCAAAAGUCUUCGGAGGUUUUAAUAACGAAUUUUAGUUCAGAUGAUCAGGAAAUAUCAUCUACAUCUGAUGAUAUUUCCACCAAAUAUGUGAACGAAUAUUUGCAUUAUAUGGAUACCGGCAUAGAAUCUGAAGAAUUGCUGGAUGUCACCCAACAAAUACUUGAGGCAAAAAAUGGAACAAAAAGAUUUGCUCGUUUUCCACCGGCAGUAACUAAAAACUUCUUUACUUGCACAAUGUGUCGCAUAAGUGCCAAAUUUCUGAUAUGGUCAUUAAGAGUAACCACAUCUCCCUCCCAAACAGAAGCAAUAACCAAAAAUGCCUUCGCCUAUUUAUGCUCAAGUCUAAGAAUACAAACGCCACAAGUGUGUGCUGGUGUUUUUGAGCUCAAUUGGCCCAUAUUGUAUUACAUUUUUAGAAAUUCCAAAGCAAAUCCUCAGACAAUAUGUGGUAAUUUGCCCAUAUCAUUUUGCCAUGUUGAGCAACCGGAAUUCGAAAUACAUCUGAAAAUAGAUCCUGGCAAAUGUGCCUUGAAUGCUCCCAAAUCUCAAAAGCCUCAGAAAACCUCCAAUGAUUUGACUGUGCUACAUCUCACCGAUAUACACAACGAUCCUGAGUAUGGAGAAGGUAAUUUGGCCGAUUGUGAUGAACCCUUAUGUUGUCGUGCCUCCUCAACGGGUAAGAUGCCUUCAUCUAAUAACUCAAACGCCGGCUAUUGGGGUGAUUAUCGUAAUUGUGAUGUACCCUUGUAUGUGGUGGACAAUGCUUUCGAUCACAUAAGAGAAGCUCACAAGAAAAUUGACUACCUUUAUUUGACGGGAGAUAUAGUGGCCCACAAUGUAUGGUCCACCAGCAAACAAAGCAAUGAGGAUAUAAUAACCAACGUUUAUAAUUUGAUUGAAGAGAAAUUUAAAGGUAUUCCAAUAUAUCCUUGUGUGGGCAAUCACGAAUCGCAUCCAGUAAAUGUUUUCGCUCCCGAUAUUGUCCCCCAACAAUUUCAAACCACCUGGCUAUAUGAAUAUCUAUGGCAUGAGUGGCAACGAUGGUUACCAACCUCUACCAAGGAAACAGUCAUAAGAGGUGGCUAUUACACUGUCGCCCCUAGACCUGGCUUUCGCAUAAUCAGCCUAAAUAAUGUCGAUUGUUAUAUACUCAAUUGGUGGAUGUACUAUGAUGCUAAUGCCACUAGUCUACCUCAACUACAGUGGUUACACGAAACCCUGCUGAGUGCUGAAAAGAAUGGGGAAUAUGUUCACAUUUUGGCUCAUAUCGCCUCAGGGACAUCAGAUUGUUGGCCUGUUUGGGCACGUGAAUAUAAUCGGUUGGUGGAACGUUUUAGUCAUACCAUAAGUGGAAUUUUCAAUGGUCAUUCACAUCAAGAUGAAUUUCAGGUCCACUAUUCUGCCAAAGGACACGCCAUGGCCAUCUCAUGGAAUGCUGGCAGUUUAACAACCCAUACAAUGAAAAAUCCCAACUAUAGAAUGUAUGAAGUGGAACCGGAGACAUAUCAAGUCGUAGACCAUUCUACUUGGAUUUUUAAUUUAACUGAAGCUAAUGGCCAUGAAGAUCGCCGCCCUCCUAAUUGGUAUAUGGAAUAUAACAUUUCACAAUUUACUCAAAAUUUGAGCCCCGGUGGUAUCGAUGCAUUAUUGGAAGAAAUGGCUGCAAAUCCUAAUUUACUGAGACAGUUUUGGAAAUACAAAGUGCUCUCCUCUGACCCCCAGUUGAAGUCGGGAUGUAAUGACAACUGUCUCUUAGAGACAAUAUGUGGUUAUGCCACUUCGGUAUAUAAUGAAAAGAGUCGAUGUAAGGCAUUGCAAGAUAAGCUGAAAUCAUCGUUAAGAUCCAAAUAUUAA